GGAGGAGGACCAGGACGCUGCUCCCACAGCUCGGGUGCAAUGGCGCCUUGGCGUCUGCCCGUCCGCUGCGUCCUCCUCGCGGUCUUCCUCGUCUUGACGCCGCUUGCUCGCACCGAAGAGGCCCAGCAACAAACCGCGCAAGCUGAUCCGCCGGGAACAGGUGAUCAGCGGUCCGAGAAGCAAAAAGAGCAGGUUAAAGAGGCUGCGACGAAUUCGAGCAAGCUCGAAGCUCCUCCCACGCCACAGACAAAACAGGGCGAUAGUGAUCAGGCGGCAAAAACAGCGCCGCCGGCGCAGCCCAAAGACUCCGAAGUCCAGGAUGCUGAGAAGAAGGCGGAACGCAUCGAGCAGCCCGAAGCUCCGAAAGAGGCAGAAGGGAGUCCACGAGAUACAAGCGCUAGUCACGACAAAGACGGCGGUUCCGCGGAUGACCAGCGUCGCGCGAAGCAGCCGAUCGCGGCGUCGAUGGAAGACGACGCCAGAGAAGGUGGCGCCUCGGACAGUGGAGUCGGAGACGAAGAAGAGCAGCUGUUGCUGGAGGACUCCGCGGACCCGUCCGCAUUGGAGGACCUCCAACACCUCAAGGACGUCCUCGACGGCGGGGAGUCGAGACGCGAGGAUGUUGGAGGACGCUUGUCGGCGUUUGUGAACAACGCUCUGCGCUCACUGUAUUCCAUAAUCACGUACGACUUCUGCCAGGCGUCGGCCAUCCCGGAACCCGCGAAUCCACAACCAGCGGUCCACGCACAGACCUCGCCACCAGCAGCAACGGGCAAAGGCGAGGACAAAGGAGCCGGCGAGACGAAGGCAUCGUCGUGCAGUCAGAAGGGUGGUCGCUUGGCCGACUGGCGCGCCUGGAGGGAGGCGGGCCACAAGAAACCCAAGGCCGUACUCACCAGACUCGCCUGUCUCUUGCGGUCGGCGGGCUACCGUCUCUACCCGAUGCGCCCUGCGGCGAGGUUCUGGCCCCACGGUGACGUGUGCACGGCGCUGUGCCACUCGUGCGAGUGCGACUACGACGCGAACUCGACGUGCUCCCAGGCUCGGCUCGCCUGGAAGUCGCGCACCCCCGCCGUGGUGUACGCGGUGUACUCGACGCUGCACCACUCGCGCGCACUGUGCGCCACCGCUCUGCUGCUGAGCGUGCUGCGCAAGAACUACGUCUACCGGGUCGUGCUCUGCACUCCGCUUAUCAUACUCCUCGCCAUGGUGACGAGGUGCCUUUACGUUUUGAUGCAACUGAGGCGCUACCUUGAGAACAGCGCCACACCGGCCAUAAACACGAGGGACUGUUCGAACCGGCACAGUGAGGACGAGGACAUGGGCAUGUCACCCCUGGAGAGGCACCGCCGACGCGACCUUCCACCCAACGAAGAUCAUCCUGACAAGCACGCCGAGAACACCAUCAGCAAGCUAAACCACACGAUGUCGUCGCUCCGGAGUUUCUCCACCUUCAUAGAAACAACAAGGGCCUACUACAAGACCAAGAUGGACAACUCCCUGCGCGAACUGCUGGACGCCGUCUUUCACCUGCAGGAGCCAAAACCAUAGCCUGGCUCUCUUUUCAGCCUGACCCGGACGGGAAGCUACGAGAUCUGGCACUGACACAACCCCCUACGUAUCCAAG